AUGGCGCCCCUCAUCAAGCACCUCUACACCGCCGACCCCUCGGCCCACGUCUUCGACGGCAAGGUCUACAUCUACCCCUCGCACGACCGCGAGACCGACAUCCAGUUCAACGACAACGGCGACCAGUACGACAUGGCCGACUACCACGUCUUCUCCACCUCGGGCCCGCUCGACGACCCGGACGCCGCCGACGUGCGGGACCACGGCGUCGUGCUCCGCGCCGAGGACGUCCCCUGGGUCUCCAAGCAGCUCUGGGCCCCCGACGCCGCCGCCAAGGACGGCAAGUACUACCUCUACUUCCCCGCCCGCGACAAGCAGGGCGUCUUCCGCAUCGGCGUCGCCGUCGGCGACUCCCCCGCGGGGCCCUUCGCGCCCGACCCGGAGCCCAUCCGGGGCAGCUUCUCCAUCGACCCGGCCGUCUUCGUCGACGACGACGCCGCGCAGUCGGCCUACAUGUACUUUGGCGGCCUGUGGGGCGGCCAGCUGCAGUGCUACCAGGGCGGCAACGACGUCUUCGACGCGUCGUGGCAGGGGCCCAAGGAGCCCUCCGGGCCCGGCCGGCGGGCGCUCGGCGCCAAGGUGGCCCGGAUGAGCGCCGACAUGCGGCAGUUCGACGGCUCGGUGCAGGAGCUGCUGAUCCUGGCGCCCGAGACGGGCGAGCCCAUCGCCGCCGACGACCACGACCGGCGCUUCUUCGAGGCGGCCUGGAUGCACAAGUACCGGGGCCGGUACUACUUUAGCUACUCGACGGGCGACACGCACUACCUGUGCUACGCGACGGCCGACGCGCCGACGGGGCCCUUCACCUACGGCGGGCGCAUCCUCGAGCCCGUGCUCGGGUGGACGACGCACCACUCCAUCGUCGAGUACGGCGGCCGCUGGUGGCUGUUCCACCACGACUGCGAGCUGAGCAAGGGCGUGGACCACCUGCGGAGCGUCAAGGUCCGGGAGAUCUUUUACGACGCCGAGGGCCGGAUCACCACUGUCAAGCCCGAGUGA